UUCUUCUUCAACCACUAUCACACGAGGACCUCACCUCUUUCAUCUUCAUUCGAAGAUGUCGUCCAGGGUUGAGCUGAAUGUGGCGCAGUUUAACCAUCGCUUGGGCUCUAUCUUGACGGCUUGGAAUAAUGCCAAGAACGACGCCGACUUCAGUUCAUUAGCUGAUGUGGACGCCAUUAUUCUGCCCGCUGGCGAUCCUGCUGGCGAGGAUGAACCCAUCCGCAAGGGCACCGCAUUUCAGACAUGGCUUCUCGGUUACGAAUUCCCCUCGACUUUUAUUCUUUUCCAAAAAGACAGUAUAUAUGUCCUAUGCUCGGCAUCCAAAGCCAAGAUCCUAUCACAGAUCAAAAACUCGACCACUCCAGUACCCAUAGAAAUCCUCAUACAAGCGAAACCCAAGGACCCUCCGACCGAUGCUCUGGCUAAAUUCUUGCAAGCGUAUACUUCUCACAAACGCAUAGGCACUCUCACGAAGGAGAAGCAGUCUGGGAAGUUGGUUGAGGAGUGGGAGAAGGCAUUGACGGGAGUCGAUGACAAACCGACUGUGGUUGAUGUCUCCCCUGCGAUAUCGGCUCUGAUGUCAGUCAAGGAUGAGGAAGAGCUAAAAGCAAUUCGGACGGCCGCAAACUUGACAUCAACUCUUCUUGCACACCAUGUCGUACUCAAAUUGGAGACUAUUCUCGACAGGGAGGCCAAGAUCACACACGAUGCUCUCUCUGCACAGAUCGAGUCGCGAUUAGGAUACGGCGAAGGUGAUAAUGGCAAGGGUCCAGACAUGAAGGUAUGGAGCAAAGGGCGAGGAUUGAGUGAUAUCGACUGGCAGUCCACCGAGUUUUGCUAUACGCCAAUCAUCCAAUCGCAAACCAGCGGCAAAUAUGAACUGAGUCCUGCUGCGGAGUCUACAACAGACAACAUCGCUCACAAAGGUGUCUUUCUUGUGAGCCUCGGCAUGCGUUACAAGGGUUACUGUGCCAAUCUGGGACGUAGUUUCAUCGUUGAUCCAUCAAAGGAACAAGAAGCAAUCUAUUCAUUGCUGCUGUCGCUGCAAGCAGAAGUGCUCGCGCAACUGAAAGAUGGUGCUAUCGCGCGAGAUGUGUAUAAUCACGCUCUUUCUUACGUCAAGGAUAAGAAACCCGAGCUCGAGAAGCAUUUCGUCAAAAACAUCGGCCAUGGAAUGGGUAUGGAGUUCCGUGACUCUUCAUAUCUCCUAUCCCCCAAGAAUGGGCACGUUCUACGAUCUGGGAUGGUCUUCAACCUUGUUCUUGGGUUCCAAGAUCUCGACGAAAGCGGACACAAAUACGCAUUGCAGCUCAUCGACACUGUGCAAAUCAAUGAUGACAAGGCUGUCUGCCUUACUACCGGCGUCAAGUCCAUCAAGGAUACAAUGUUCUUCCUGAACCAGGAGGCGGAUGGUGAUGCCAAGGCAGGCGCAUCGGGGAAGAAAGCCUCGACCACCAAGACCAAAGGCAACGGCUCCCCUACGAAGAAUAAGAUGGCCGGAGGCAAAGUUCUGCGGAACAAGACACGGAGCGCUGCCCAGGAGGAGUCGAUACAGACCACAGCUGCUAAGAUCGCUGAGCAUCAGAGAGAGCUCCAUGUCCGGCUGCAAUCCGAAGGUCUAGCGAAGUAUUCGACGGGAGGUGGAGGCAUUGGUCGCAAUGAAGGGAAAGGAUGGAAACGAUUUCAGAGCUACAAGGGUGAGGCUGCACUGCCGAAGGAGGCAGAGAGCUUGCGAAUCUUCGUCGAUCGUAAAGCCCAGACGAUCAUCCUUCCUAUACACGGCUUCGCUGUUCCCUUCCAUAUCAACACCAUCAAGAACGCGAGCAAGAACGAUGAAGGAGAGUUCACAUACCUUCGAGUGAACUUCCAGACGCCGGGCCAGCUAGCAGGCAAGAAGGAAGACACGCCGUUCGAGGAUCCCGAUGCCACCUUCAUCCGGUCCAUCACAUAUCGUUCUCCGGAUGGCCAUCGCUUCGAUGCCAUCUCCAAACAGAUCACUGACCUCAAGAAGGAGGUCAACAAGCGGGAGCAGCAGAAGAAGGAGAUGGCCGAUGUCAUUGAGCAGGAUGUCCUGGUGGAGGUCAAGGGCCGGCGGCCGACCAAACUUCCAGAAGUCUUUGUCAGACCUGCGCUGGAUGGCAAGCGUCUGCCGGGAGAGGUGGAGAUUCACCAGAAUGGUCUCAGAUAUCAAUCGCCAAUGGGAUCCCAGAAGAUUGAUAUUCUGUUCAGCAAUGUGAAGCACCUUUUCUUCCAGCCAUGCGAUCAUGAGCUGCUUGUCAUCAUCCACAUCCAUCUCAAGGCGCCGAUCAUCAUUGGGAAGAAAAAGGCUCAUGACGUGCAAUUCUAUCGCGAGGCCUCAGACGUCCAGUUCGACGAGACCGGGAACAGGAAGCGGAAGUACCGAUAUGGCGAUGAAGAUGAGCUCGAGCUCGAGCAGCAGGAGAGGAAGCGGAGACAGAUGUUGAACAAGGAAUUCAAACUAUUUUCGGAGAAGAUCGCUGAGGCAGCAACAGCAUCGACCGGCGAUACGCUUGAGCCAGACAUUCCGUUCCGCGAGCUAUCCUUCGAGGGCGUGCCGUUCCGGACGAACGUCCGCCUGCAGCCGACCACGGAGUGUCUCGUCCAUCUAUCUGACCCCCCAUUCCUGGUCGUCACCCUGGCCGAUAUCGAGAUCGCAUCACUGGAGCGUGUGCAGUUCGGUCUAAAGCAGUUUGAUAUGGUCCUCAUAUUCAAAGACUUCACGAAGACACCGCUACAUAUCAACUCGAUCCCGAGCUCUCAACUGGAUGAUGUGAAGAACUGGCUCGACUCUGUCGAUAUUCCUCUGAGUGAAGGCCCUGUCAACUUGAACUGGGGUCCUAUUAUGAAGACGAUCAACGAGGACCCGUAUGAAUUCUUCCAGCAGGGUGGCUGGAGCUUCUUGGGCGGCUCAGCAGGUGGUGAAGAGAGCGAAGAGGAAGAGUCUAACUCUGAGUCCGAGUUCGAGGCUGAAUCUGAGGUAUCGGAGAGUUCCGAGAGCAGCGAGAGUGCAUAUGACGACGCGUCCGAUGCAAGUGAAGAUGAAGGCAGCGGAUCUGAUUUUGGUUCUGAGGGAAGUGAAGGAGAGGACUGGGACGAGCUGGAAAGAAAAGCUGCUAAAGCGGACAAGAAGCGAGUUGAAACAGGAAAGGGGCAUGAAUCUGAUGACUCUAACAGGCCGAAGAAGAAGGCAAACGGUGCGAGUAAGCCCAAGAAGCGCUGAAGCCCUUAUUUAUUGGAUCAGAUCAUUUUCUCAUCAUCGCUUCUUUCAACGUUAUCUCGUCGUAUACUUGUACCCUAUGCUGUUCAUGUUCUGAAGGGCCCUCUAAUGGUGCACGAACUGUUAUAUUCGAUGCCAUUCAUGAAAUGUGCGAAGGACAUAAGAACCGAGUGUUGUCGUUGACGCCGAUUGUUGUCCGGUAGUGGACAGUGUCUCAUCAGGGCGUCCAAUUCAAU